AUGGCAAUGUCAGUCUUUGCCCCAAAUAUGAGCCCCAUUACCGAAAAUCUGCCUGUCAGUGCCGCUGAAGUACAGCCACUAAUUGGCAGCUCAGCUAGUGAGAGGAAUCUUCGUGAAUUAAUCAAAUCGCCUAUAGUGGCUCCCACAGUAGAGGAACUCGCAUCUCAUCCAAGUACUACUGACUCUAGUCUUUCAACCAUCACGAAUAUAUCCAAAGCACAGCAAAUUACAUCAUCGGAUUCGUUCAUCACCAUAUCAUUGCAAGAGCAGAUUGCGAAAGCACUAGUUUUGCCAAGACUCAAGCGUCACCAUGCUAUGCCAGCUUAUUUUUCCGUUAAGGGUAACCUCAACUCGAAACUUUCUCAUCUUAGGACGCGCCGAUGCACGCAAUGCGAGCGACACAGGCUGCAAUAUCUAAAGGAAAGCGCCCAUAUGGCAUACAGACUCUUGAACUUUAAGGCAUCGGACAAGAACAAGGCCUCUGAGCAGUCCAAUACAGAAGUGUCUCAAAUUCGGGGUCUAAUAGCACUUGAACACAGAUCUGUCUAUGAACGUCAAUCGACUGACGACACAAUACCUCAACCAAAAUUCGGUGAAUUCAUUGGCCUUGUCGACAUAUACCACGGUUUACGCACAGAGACAAACAGAAACAUUAUGGUCCAACAGGAUUGGAUUUAG